CAGCUGGCCUGGAUGUAGGUCAGCACGCGGGAACAGUACAAGUGGCUGCGCUUCAGCGAGGACUGUCUGUACCUGAACGUGUACGCGCCGGCGCGCGCGCCCGGGGAUCCCCAGCUGCCAGUGAUGGUCUGGUUCCCGGGAGGCGCCUUCAUCGUGGGCGCUACUUCUUCGUACGAGGGCUCUGACUUGGCCGCCCGCGAGAAAGUGGUGCUGGUGUUUCUGCAGCACAGGCUCGGCAUCUUCGGCUUCCUGAGCACGGACGACAGCCACGCACGCGGAAACUGGGGCCUGCUGGACCAGAUGGCGGCUCUGCGCUGGGUGCAGGAGAACAUCGCAGCCUUCGGGGGAGACCCAGGAAAUGUGACCCUGUUCGGCCAGUCGGCGGGGGCCAUGAGCAUCUCAGGACUGAUGAUGUCACCCCUAGUCUCAGGUCUCUUCCAUCGGGCCAUUUCCCAGAGUGGCACCGCGUUAUUCAGACUUUUCAUCACUCGUAACCCACUGAAAGUGGCCAAGAAGGUUGCCCACCUGGCUGGAUGCAACCACAACAGCACACCGAUCCUGGUAAACUGCCUGAGGGCACUAUCAGGGGCCAAGGUGAUGCGUGUGUCCAACAAGAUGAGAUUCCUCCAACUGAACUUCCAGAGAGACCCUGAAGAGAUUAUCUGGUCCAUGAGCCCUGUGGUGGAUGGUGUGGUGAUCCCAGAUGACCCUUUGGUGCUCCUGACCCAGGGGCAGGUUUCAUCUGUGCCCUACCUUCUAGGUGUCAACAACCUGGAAUUCAAUUGGCUCUUGCCUUACAUCAUGAAGUUCCCGCUAAACCGGCAGGUGAUGAGAAAGGAAACCAUCACUAAGAUGCUCUGCAGUACCCACACCCUGUUGAAUAUCACCAAGGAGCAGGUACCACUUGUGGUGGAGGAGUACCUGGACAAUGUCAAUGAGCAUGACUGGAAGAUGCUACGAAACCAUAUGAUGGACAUAGUUCAAGAUGCCACUUUUGUAUACGCCACACUGCAGACUGCUCACUACCACCGAGAUGCCGGCCUCCCUGUCUACCUGUAUGAACUUGAGCACCACGCUCGUGGAAUAAUCGUCAAACCCCGCACUGAUGGGGCAGACCAUGGGGAUGAGAUGUACUUCCUCUUUGGGGGCCCCUUCGCCACAGGCCUUUCCAUGGGUAAGGAGAAGGCACUUAGCCUCCGGAUGAUGAAAUACUGGGCCAACUUUGCCCGCACAGGAAACCCCAAUGAUGGGAGUCUGCCCUGCUGGCCACGCUACAACAAGGAUGAAAAAUAUCUGCAGCUGGAUUUUACCACAGGAGUGGGCAUGAAGCUCAAGGAGAAGAAGAUGGCUUUUUGGAUGAGUCUGUACCAGUCUCAAAGACCUGAGAAGCAGAGGCAAUUCUAAGGGUGGCUAUGCAGGAAGGAGCCAAAGAGGGGUUUGCCCCCACCACCCAGGCCCUGGGGAGACUAGCCAUGGACAUACCUGGGGACAAGAGUUCUACCCACCCCAAUUUAGAACUGCAGGAGCUCCCUGCUGCCUCCAGGCCAAAGCUAGAGCUUUUGCCUGUUGUGUGGGACCUGCACUACCCUCUCCAGCCUGACAUCCCAUGAUGCCCCCCUACUUCACUGUUGACAUCCAGUUAGGCCAGGCCCUGUCAACACCACACUGUGCUCAGCUCUCCAGCCUCAGGACAACCUCUUUUUUUCCCUUCUUCAAAUCCUCCCACCCUUCAAUGUCUCACUGUGGCUCCUUCUUAUGGGAGGUCGACCCAGACUGCCACUGCCCCUGUCACUGCACCCAGCUUGGCAUUUACCAUCCAUCCUGCUCAACCUUGUGCCUGUCUGUUCACAUUGGCCUGGAGGCCUAGGGCAGGUUGUGACAUGGAGCAAACUUUUGGUAGUUUGGGAUCUUCUCUCCCACCCACACUUAUCUCCCCCAGGGCCACUCCAAAGUCUAUACACAGGGGUGGUCUCUUCAAUAAAGAAGUGUUGAUUAGA